ACAAAGUCGGGUGACAUAAUCACCACCGUCGCACGGAAAUAGAUCUGCACGAAGUUAGAUCUAGCUGAUGUAAGUUCAUCCAGGACGUAGAGCAUAAAAGCACACGGAUAUUCCACAGUCCCAGAAAGUAGAGAUAUCUCUUGUCGAGAGGACAACGGAGAAUAUCUUUUCCUUGGAGCUGUGAAUCACAACAGCCCGGUAGACAGACUAACAUACAAGAUUCACUUCUGAUCAACAAACACAAGGAAUUCUUGUUCCACGUAGUUCAGACUCCUUUUCUACUUUAGAAUCCCAUCUCGAAAACAAGAUGACGAAGAAAAAGCACCAGAACGAGGUAUCCCUCACGAACAUAAAACGACUGAACACACAAGUCGAUGCCGAUCCCGGCGGAGUUGACAUAAUGAUGAACGGAGGGAAACACACGAACGGGACAAGUACAGCCACCGGACAUGGGAAACCAGAUGCUCCUUUUCAAAACGGAAAGGGUACAGCGCAAAAUGGUAUCGCGGAGCCUAAGCCAGGCUCACAACAGUUGGAGAUCACGAGGAACGGAAAAGGCACCGAAGGUUGUGAUUUCUGCGAUGAAAUUUCUGUUGGAAGCGGGAAGGAUGGCGGUGUGGAGAAAAGUGAGGUGGAUAGGACCGUUGGACCUUUGGAACUGUUUAAAUUCGCGACUCCGCUUGCCAAGCUGCUGAUGUUCAUCGGAACCAUUGGUGCUUUGAUGCUGGGAGUUGCACCCCCCUACAACAUCUCCUUGUUCGGGGACGUCAUUGACGUCUUUCUCCUAAACAGCCUGCAAAACAAAACAAACAGUACCACGACAGAUGGCUUAAAAGAGGAAGUGAUUCCCAUCAUCUACCAGUUCAUUGGCAUCGCCUUUGGCGCCUUCCUCGGUGGCUUCCUCGCUGUGUCUUGCUGGCAGUGGGCAGCUGAAAUUCAGGUGAGCGAAAUGAGGAAGACUUUCUUCCGCGCUGUGAUGAGACAAGACAUGAGCUGGUUUGACGUCAAUGAGUCGGGAGAAAUCAGUUCUCGAUUUUCAGAGGAUAUGAGUAAGAUCUCAGAGGGCAUAGGCGACAAACUGGCCAUCUUCGUACAGUGGACAACCACUUGGAUUUCUGCCUACAUCAUGGCGUUUGUCAGUGACUGGAGACUGACCCUGGCUGUGAUUGUGUUCAGCCCUAUCAUCAUUUUGGUUGGGUCAAUCUUAGUCAAGGUGUUGCGAAACCUUGCUGCCAAGGAGUUCAGAGCUUACGCCAAGGCCGGUGCGGUGGCCGAGCAGUGUUUGAGGGCCAUCAGAACAGUGCAAGCCUUCCACGGCCAAGAGAAGGAGAUUGCGAGGUACGAAAGAUGCUUGGGAGACGCUGUCAAAGUGGCCUCGAAGAAAGGUCUUGCAGUUGGACUUGGGCAGUCAGCAUUAUUUUUUACUCUUUACGUGAAUCUUGCAGUAGCCAUGUGGGUCGGCACUGUGUUGAUUCAGGAGGAAAACCUCAGCCCUGGACGUAUUCUUCCGGUAUUCUUAGGUAUGGUGAUCGGCUCCGUAGCUAUGGGCAAUGCCUUGAACAACCUGGAGAGUUUCGCGAACGCUCGUGGCGCCGCAGGCAAAGUGUUUGACAUCAUGGCCCGACAACCCAUGAUCGACAUCGGUUCACAGAAGGGUCUCAAGCCACAGACACUUCAGGGUCACGUGAGGUUCCACAACGUCAAGUUUGCCUACCCUGCCCGGCCCGACUCCGUGGUACUGGCAGGCUUAAACCUUGAAGUGCGACCAGGGCAGAAUGUUGCUCUGGUGGGCCCCAGUGGUUGUGGCAAGUCCACUACAGUACAGCUCAUCCAACGCUUCUACGACGUUCUGGAUGGCCAGGUCACAAUUGACGGACACAACAUCAAAGACAUAAACCUGGCUUGGCUGCGUGGCCAGAUCGGUGUGGUCAGCCAGGAACCGGUCCUCUUUGACGCAACCAUUGGAGAAAAUAUUCGCUUUGGACAUCUGAGCGCAACACAGAAGGAAAUAGAACAAGCUGCGAUAGAUGCGAAUGUGCAUGACUUCAUUUCGACGCUACCUGAGGGCUACGACACGCGGAUUGGGGAAAGGGGAGCACAGCUGAGUGGAGGACAGAAGCAAAGAAUCGCCAUCGCCAGAGCCUUGUUGCGGAACCCCAAGAUCUUGUUGAUGGACGAGGCCACGUCAGCGCUAGACCACGAGAGCGAGGCCGUCGUGCAGAGUGCACUGGACAAGGCAAACAUCGAGAAAGAAUCGAAUCUUGACAUUGCUGACGUAGAGAUUGUAGAAGAAGAUGACUGGGAGGAAGACAUAAUCGAUGGCAAACUUGUCCGUGCAUCCUUCAAGAGGAUGUCCAGCUCUUCUAAAGGUCUCCAGAAGCAAGUCAGUCUGGUCGCCCGAGACAGCAAGCGCAAGGCAAAGGCGGAUAUCUCUUCUCCAGGAAAACCCGGUUCACAGAAAGAAGAACCAGAGGCAGAGCCGGUAACGAUAGCCCAGGUGUUCCACUACAACUCUACGGAAUGGCAUCUCAUCCUGAUUGGCAGUUUCAGCUCGCUCGUCACGGGAGCUGUCCAUCCAUGCUUCUCUUUCGUGAUCAGUGAGUUCAUCAAGACGUUUUCUGUGGAAGACGAGACGGAACAGAUGAACCAUGUCCACAUCUUAGGGGCUUCGAUUAUAGGGAUCGCCAUUAUCAGCGCUAUAUCCCGCAUGUUUCAGGGUUACUCCUUCAGCAAAUCGGGUGCCAUUCUCACUGCCAGGCUACGAAGACUGACAUUUGCUUCAAUCGUAAAUCAGGAUAUGGAGUUCUUUGAUCAACCACACAACCAAGUCGGAGCCAUAGCUUCUAAACUCUCAGCUGACGCAAGCAUGGUGCAAGGGGCUACUGGCUCUAAAAUUGGACAGGUUCUAGAGGCGAUCUCCGUUCUGGGCUGUUCGCUGACCAUCGCGUUUGUCUUUGGCUGGAAGCUGGCUCUUGUGGUCGUCUCCUUCCUGCCUCUUAUGAUCAUUAGCGGGCUGGUGCAGGGCCGGGCUAUAGCGGGGGCAGCCAAGAAGGACAGGUCUCAGCUGCAACAAGCGGGCAAGGACCUGUUUCGGGGUCGUGUUUGCUUGGACAAGGCUGUUUACCACUACUCCACGCGUCCCAACAUACCGGUCCUGAAUGGAAUGGACUUGACAAUCAACCCCGGCGAGACGGUAGCUUUGGUGGGCUCUAGUGGUUGCGGCAAGAGCACCACCACACAGCUUAUUGAGCGCUUCUAUGAUGUCGACAGUGGUUGCUUGCUCGUGGAUGGCGUGGACAUUCGCAAAAUCAACCUGCAGUGGUACAGAAAGCAGUUAGGCAUCGUGUCUCAGGAGCCCACGCUCUUUGACAGCUCCAUCGCCGAGAACAUCGCCUACGGAGACAACUCACGAGACGUGAGCAUGGACGAGAUCAUACAGGCGGCCAGACAGGCCAACAUCCACACUUUUGUGUCAAGUCUGCCCCAGGGUUACCAGACAAAUGUUGGCGACAAAGGUACCCAGCUGAGUGGAGGGCAGAAGCAAAGAAUUGCCAUUGCCCGAGCUCUGGUCAGGAAUCCCAAGAUACUUCUCUUGGACGAGGCCACCUCUGCCCUGGACACCGAGAGCGAGAAGGUGGUUCAAGAAGCACUCGACAGAGCGAGCCAACAUCGCACCUGCAUCGUCAUAGCUCACAGGCUCUCCACCAUUCAGAACGCAGACAAAAUAGCUGUUGUGAGCAAAGGAAAAGUGAUUGAGCAAGGGACGCACGCGCAACUAAUGACUAUCAAAGGGGCGUACUAUAGGCUGCAGAAGGUACAGAAUAAAUCACAAGAAGAAUAAUACACUACGUACUUCAACAUGUAUGUAUCAAGUCUACGAACUUCCAGUCCAAUUUUUGUUCAGCAAAAGGAACACGAAGAUGACUUUACCAUACUGUGCCGAAUCACAUUCCAAUGUAGUACAUGUACCAGUUCAUGUUUUCAAUAGGCCUACUUAACGCUCAUUUCUGGAGAAGACUCCCGGAAUUCCCUUACUAAAUCCAGAAGCAAAAGGAUGACAACGGAUACAGACUGAGUACAAUCUGAACGAUGAGGCGAGGAGCAUAUAACAGGCUGCAAUGUUGUUUGUCUCCCAGGAAGAUAUCCAUACGUUUUCCAGGAUGCUUAUGCUGGUUGUGGAGAAUUCAUUAUCUACAGUUGUAAUUACUUGUAACUUGUCCUACUAUAUAGAGUGUGAGGCUAUGCCCAUGUGAAAUGAAUGCAAUCAAAUAGUCGGAAACCACUAGACACACCAUUGUAUCCUGUACUACAAAUUAAAUAUUUCAGUUAUAUGGUUUGUGUGUUGUCAUGCUAAUGCUACUACAGAUUCUCUACUAGAGAAUCUUUGAUGCUACCACAGUGGAGCCAAUCUUUGUUGGAGCCCAUGAGAUGAAAAUAGAAGACCUCACAAUAAAUUGCUCUUCAAAACCGAGGGAAAUAAACAACGGUGGGUGGAUAUGUUGGUUUUGAAGAGCCAUUUAUACGGUAGUGUUUUCCUCCGUUGGUGUUUAUGUGUUACUGGCCGUCCAUUUAAAACAUAAAAACCUUUCCUUAGGAUAAAUUUUGGUUCACUUUUAAGCUGGACGCUGGGAUUCUGAAACUUAAGUGACCUUAAUUAAUUUAUCUUUUCACGUAGGCCUACCAUAAUACAUUUUUUUCGAAACUGUAGGGCCAUACAUGUAUUUAACUGGUGCUUUCUGUCAAAAUUCAAUAUCAGAAAAAUGUUUAGUUUUCCAUUAUUUACUUCAUUUAUAUAUACAUGUAGAGAUAUCUGUUGGCCUGUACUACAACUUUAUUCUCAUAUGAAAUCUUCAUUCUUUUCUGUUCAUUUUUGUGGGUAGCUUGAAGUAUGUCUUUCUUAGGAUGAAUUCAUACUUAUUUUCAAUUAAAACUGGGUGCUUCCAAACAGGCUCUUUAGCGCUGACUGUCAGACGGUCAUCGGAGGUAAAAAUGCCCUCUUACGAACUUAUAAAAAUUGCGUCCUUUUGUAAAACAAUCUCAAAGUCUGAAUCAAACUAUCAAUAGUAAUAAGUCUGUCAGUGUCGGAUGAUGUCCAAUGCAUCCACAUAGGAGAAUAUUUCUGAAGCGUAAUAGAACAAUUAAAGGUUAAUAUGACUUGUGGCUUUUACUACGGCCAUGAGACCAAUUCAGGAGGAGAAAAGACAUUUAAGCAGAUGUCUGACUUGUGCAUAGGUUUGUCUAAAGUGAGAAAGAAUAGGGCAAACAUCAAGCUCACUCUCUCGCGGAGGUAUAGUGUAUAAAGUAUGUGAAGGCAAGUAUGUGAUGGCACAAUAUAUUGAUAAUACGAAUCGUGACUGAACUUUUGAUUAAUGUAUUUUAUUUUUUUUUAAAACUUUUUCAUGAGCGCAUCAUAUUAAAUGAAAGUAUUUUGUUCAUGUUUACAAAAUGAUAGCCAUUGUUAUCUUGUUUUUACCAUGCAUGGCACAGAGAUGCAUGUAUGUGUAUGCUGUACAUGGUAGCAAAGUGUGCUUGGCCAGAGCUGCCCAUGUAUGUCUGUGCAUUUAGCUUUGUUUGAUCAUAAUGCAACUUACAUUAUGGCGCCAUGGUGCAAAGAAUCAUUUAGUCAGUUCAUAUAAACAUAUCAGAUUCCCAGGAUAUGGGAACAUAUAUGUAUAUAUACAUGUUUUUAAAAAUUAUUUAUAAACUUGGGUUCUCCCCCCCCUCUCUCUUCUGCCACUCCCCUCCCUCUCUCUCUCUCUUUCUUUUUCCCUGCGUCUGCUCAAACUCGUAUUAUGAAUCACAUGGUAGAUAUUUAUACAACCAAAGUAUUGUAUCAACCAACAAUACGGUUUUUAUAAUGAACGGACUUGCUUAAAAAAACAACAACUCCACUUUGUCUAUCAAUCACAACAGAUUAUGAUACAAAUUGAACAUGUUAAUGGGAUUUUUACAGCGUAAACAGUAUUUUUGUGUGUGACCCUGAUUGCAUUCAGUCUGAUUGUUCAGUUUAAAUAGCAAACUAGUUUUACUAUCGGCUGCACAUCGACUGAAGGUGUUCAUUUUUACUGUACGUGUAGUGCCAACUUUAGGGUAAUGAACAUCUCUAACAGUCUUUAUACUAUUUCAGUUGGUAGGAACACGCAAGCAGAAACUAGAGUUGAAACUGUCUGAGACAGCCACCCAUUAUUGAAGAGAAAAGUGGCCAUCUCAGACAAAUGGCCGUCUUACAGAGUGUCUUUGUAAUGUAAAAAAUACACAAGGGGGGAAAUAGGAAGUUGUCGUAUACAGGUGGCCGUUAGAACGGAUUCAACUGUACUUCUAUCUGUAUUACCUGUCCUUGGCAACAACAUCAUUGCACACCGGACAGGUCCAUAAGUGUCUACUUCUAUCUGCAAAGCUUCAUUUGAUAGAAGAUGAAGUCCCUUUUUCGUUGAUGAUGUCAUAAUAAUAAUAAUGUCCGUCAUUUCUAUAGUACCUACUCCCAUGUGUACACAGCUCAAGGCACUUUACAUCUCAGUAACACCGUAGAGGACAGAAGUAAUAGGUGAAUAAACUCACUGCCUAGAAAAAGUUUAAACUUGUCUUUAAAAUGACCAGCAUUAGAAAUUAAUAUGCUACCUUAGGCUUCAUAUAUUUAUAAAGCCAUCAUUUUGUUGUUAUUGGUACGGAGAUUGUCAGUCAAUGGUUUGGUGCUUCCUUGACAUCGAAAAUGUUGAACAUGAUAUGAUAUUAUGUACACUCUGUAAAAUAAUUCAUACUUUUAUUCAGCAAUCAUUUUUCACACACACAUUUCAACAGUAAACAUUUCUGAAAGAGACUUUUCAGUAUGAUGAUGCUUGCACUUGCAUGUAUUUUCAGAACCCUUGGUCUAAAUUGGACUAUUUUGCUAUGUGUUGUAUAGUAAACAAUGCUUUAAGUAUUGCAACAUGUGACAGUAUUUUUCUAAAUAGAUUUUUUUCAAUAAAAUAAAAACAUUAUUUUAA